GGCGGAGUUAUAGAGAGGCAGCGCUGUGCAUUCUGGGAACAGUCAAAGCUUUUCAGCCUGUUGGUGCCUCGGAUCAAGAUCCUACUCUACACCCCUAUGUCUAUCUUUGUGGAGCCCAGUGUACCUCGCAGAAAGAGUUUUAACAAAGGAACUCCAGCUGUGAGGAACGGAGUCUUUAUUACACAUCACACGUUCUGUAUUCUCUCUGAUUCACUGAGGAUGGACAAGGACAGGAGUCACAGGACUGAGAGGAUAAUAAAUAUCACCCUGGAGAUCAUCUACCUGCUGACUGGGGAGGAUUACACAAUAGUGAAGAAGACAUCCGAUGAGUAUGAGACAACCAGCAGCCAUCCCCCUGUAUCAGGGGGACUGAGUAGAACCCAGAGCCCCAUCACCGUGCCUCCACCUCACUCACUGACACAUGAGAGACAAAAUGAUCAGAAGAUCCUGGAACUCACCAAGAAGAUCAUUCAGUUGCUGACUGGAGAGGGUGAAGCCCAAUUAAAUAAUAUUAAAGUCAAAGAUACAGAGGGAGAAGAAGAGACGUAUUUGACUGAUAUAAAGGCAGAAGAUAUAGAGGGAGAAGAAGAGACGUAUGUGACUGAUAUAAAGGCAGAAGAUAUAGAGGGAGAAGAAGAGACGUAUGUGACUGAUAUAAAGGCAGAAGAUAUAGAGGGAGAAGAAGAGACGUAUAUGACUGAUAUGAAGGUAGAAGAUAUAGAGGGAGAAGAAGAGACGUAUGUGACUGAUAUAAAGGCAGAAGAUAUAGAGGGAGAAGAAGAGACGUAUGUGACUGAUAUAAAGGCAGAAGAUACAGAGGGAGAAGAAGAGACGUAUGUGACUGAUAUGAAGGCAGAAGAUAUAGAGGGAGAAGAAGAGACGUAUGUGAGGGGUGAUCAGCAGUGUAAGGAGGAGGAGAUCCCUACAGAUAUCAGCAGAGCAGAUGGACACACAAGCAGGAAUAUCUCAGAAGGACAUCUAAUGUUAUCCCCGGAUUGUGACAUAAAAGAUAAUGACAGCAGACAGGAUUCUCCAGGAGAUAACCCCAUUACCCCAAUUAUACAUCCAGCUCUAUCAGCUGGUCCCUCUGAUCCUGGGAAAUGUUCUCCUGAUCACUCUAAUAUUGGUGCAUCUGUUACAGCUCUGACAGUAGAUACAGUGUUUCCGUGUUCUAUAGAUGCCAAAUGUUUUACACAAAACACAAAGCAUAUUAACCCACAUACAGGUAAGGCAGGUGAAAGGCCACUGAUAUGUUCUGAGUGUUGGAAAUGUUUUACAUACAAAUCAUAUCUUGUUAAACAUCAGAGAAGUCACACAGGUGAGAGGCCAUUUCCAUGUUCUGAGUGUGGGAAAUGUUUUACACUGAAAUCACAUCUUGUUACACAUCAGCGAACUCACACAGGUGAGAAGCCAUUUCUAUGCUCUGAGUGUGGGAAAUGUUUUUCAAACAAAUCAGAUCUUGCUAGACAUCAGAGAACUCACACAGGUGAGAAGGCAUUUCCAUGUUCUGAGUGUGGGAAAUGUUUUGCACACAAAUCAGAUCUUGUUAAUCAUCAGAGAACUCACACAGGUGAGAAGCCAUUUCCAUGUUCUGAGUGUGGGAAAUGUUUUACACGGAAAUCAUAUCUGGUUACUCAUCAGCGAACUCACACAGGUGAGAAGCCAUUUCUAUGCUCUGAGUGUGGGAAAUGUUUUGCAAACAAAUCAGAUAUUGUUCAACAUCAGAGAAGUCACACAGGUGAGAAGCCAUUUCCAUGUUCUGAGUGUGGGAAAUGUUUUACACGGAAAUCAUAUCUUGUUACUCAUCAGGAAACUCACACAGGUGAGAGGCUAUUUCUAUGUUCUGAGUGUGGGAAAGGUUUUGCACACAAAUCACAUCUUGUUAUACAUCACAGAAGUCACACAGGUGAGAACCCAUUUGCAUGUUCUGAGUGUGGGAAAUGUUUUGCACACAAAUCACAACUUGUUAGACAUCAGCAAAGUCACACAGGUGAGAGGCCAUUUCCAUGUUCUGAGUGUGGGAAAUGUUUUACACUGAAAUCACAUCUUGUUACACAUCAGCGAACUCACACAGGUGAGAAGCCAUUUCUAUGCUCUGAGUGUGGGAAAUGUUUUUCAAACAAAUCAGAUCUUGCUAGACAUCAGAGAACUCACACAGGUGAGAAGGCAUUUCCAUGUUCUGAGUGUGGGAAAUGUUUUGCACACAAAUCAGAUCUUGUUAAUCAUCAGAGAACUCACACAGGUGAGAAGCCAUUUCCAUGUUCUGAGUGUGGGAAAUGUUUUACACGGAAAUCAUAUCUGGUUACUCAUCAGCGAACUCACACAGGUGAGAAGCCAUUUCUAUGCUCUGAGUGUGGGAAAUGUUUUGCAAACAAAUCAGAUAUUGUUCAACAUCAGAGAAGUCACACAGGUGAGAAGCCAUUUCCAUGUUCUGAGUGUGGGAAAUGUUUUACACGGAAAUCAUAUCUUGUUACUCAUCAGGAAACUCACACAGGUGAGAGGCUAUUUCUAUGUUCUGAGUGUGGGAAAGGUUUUGCACACAAAUCACAUCUUGUUAUACAUCACAGAAGUCACACAGGUGAGAACCCAUUUGCAUGUUCUGAGUGUGGGAAAUGUUUUGCACACAAAUCACAACUUGUUAGACAUCAGCAAAGUCACACAGGUGAGAGGCCAUUUCUAUACUCUGAGAAAUAAAGCAGCUCUUGUUGCACACAAUAGACAUCACUCAGGUGAGGAACUAUUUUAAUCUUCUGGAGUAUACUUAUCAUUGCCAUGCGUUGUUCUUCAAGGUUCUUAUUCUAUCUCCUAUGCUUUUUGCAAUAUACAUGCUACCACUGGGUGAAAUAAUCAGAUGUCAUGCCCUCAUCUACCACUGCUAUGCAGAUGACCUGUCUUUUGCUCUGGGUACUGAGAACCCAGUACCAAUCCUAAAUGGUUGUCUAGCUGAGCUCCAGGUAUGGGUGAUACCAGUUGGCUGUGAUUCAGUCCUGGUGAAACAGGUCUUUAAGCUCACCACCAAAGGGCAGGGCUACAGUUCAGCUUUGCAAACCAACCAGACUUACGCUUGGGGGUUCAGAGUUACAAAAUGCUGAUCAUGUGCGGAAUCUUGGUGUCCUGGAUGGUGGAGUGACACUUAGACAUCAGUAUCUGCCACAAUCAGAUCCUCAUCUGAGGAACAUAGCCAGACUCCAGCACUUUAUUCCCUCAGAAGAUCUACCUACAGUCAUACAUGCACUUGUAUCAUCACACAUAGACUACUGCAAUGUCCUCUACCUGGGUCUCCCAGCAAUAGAAUUGCACCGCUUGUAGCUUGUACAGAAUGCAGCAGCCAAGCUGUUACCUAACCAGCUUGUUCCUGCCACAUAACACCCAUUCUCUGCUCCCACCACCGGCUGCCUGUAAGAUGGUUACUCUUACAUAAUCUCACUGACUCUCCCAAUCCUACAUGACCAGGAUCCAUGGUACCAGAAGCAGCUUCUGCCUCCUUACUGCCCAGUUACUUCCACCUGCAGAUGUAGGACUGUUACCAGCAGUACCAAGAAUCCUCAAGCAGUGCUGAGAGGUCAGGGGUGAGACAGGGUGGUGACACUAGUGCUGUAGUAGGGGCUGCCGGAGGCACUGUCUGUAUGUAAUAUUGUCCUCAAGCAGCGCUAAGGUGUAAGAGGGGAGACAGGGCAAUGGCAGUUGUGGGCAGAGACGGGGCAGUGGCAGUAGUGGGGGGAGAUGGCGGUGGCAGUAGUGGAGGGAGACGGGGCUGAUGCAGUUGUGGGGGAGAGACUGCAGUGGCAGUUUUGAGGGAGAAGGGCGGUAGCAGUAGUGGAGAGAGACAGGGCAGUGGCAGUAGUGGGAGACAGAGCGGAUGCAGUUGGGGGUAGACAGGGCAGUUGCAGUAGUGGGGAGACUCGUCAGUGACAGAAGUGGGGGGAGA